AUGUCGUCCGACACUUCCUCACGGGAGGAGUUGGACCCGUCCUCGCUAUCCGCAAACGCGACUCGAUCCGCGCCGUACUCCUACCGAGCCCCGAGCCCUCCGUUAAUUCCCAUACCUGCGCCGACGAAGUCUAGGGGUCCUCAAUUCGCCAUGGAGCUCCUACCGCAAUUACAAGAUGUCGACCCAAAUCAGUUGAACGAUUUACAAAUCAUUACUCGAAAUGAGAGACAAGUCGCAAAGGAUUCUGCCGAUCCUUGGGUGUGGGACAAUCGCUAUCAGGCGCAGGCCAUUCUGGACUUUCUCUAUCUCGGCCCCAAUACCGUUAUACGCGAUCUUUCCUUCCUUGAGCGGGAAGGUAUUACCAUGAUGCUCUUGGUGCGCCCAUCGUGCUUCGCCGGGGUGGAAAUAUCUCCUGUAAAGGAGGCCAAAAAUCGGCUGAAGAUCUCUGUGGAGUAUAUAGAUGUGAACGGCCUGCACGACCUCAUUCGUGGGUUUCCCACGGCGGUUAAACUGAUAAACGAUCAUUUGUUGGGUAGAGAUCACCCUCAGUCUACCGGCAGUAAUGGAGACGGAUGCGAGAUGGACGGAAUCAUUGUGCCAUCUAGCAACUUCCGUCGGGGCAAAGUGUUGGUUACGUGCGCGACUGGGAUUGACUGGUCACCGGCGAUUGUUGCGGCGUACGUCAUGUCCGUGUUUCGCAAUGACAUGGUGACGACGUUGCAAUUCAUUGGCUUGCAGAGAGUCUGUUGCGCAUUUGACGAGGAUACAAAGCGCAUUUUGCAGUCGUGGGGAGAUAUCCUUUCAGCAAGGUCGGCAGUUGCCCAGCAUGAACACCACCAGGGUCUAGAAGCGGCAGAGCCUGAGCAGAGUGGCCAGAUCCCUUACGGUCAAGAGGGAAAAGGUUCUGCAAUCGGAGCCGGGGCCUCGGCGCCAAAGAGGGGAUUUGAUGGCAUGAUGGAUUUGAAUGAGGAUGAUUGUGAGGACACUGGAGGAGCUCCCAUCACGGACCUGGACAGGUUUAUUGGCCGGGGCCCAUUCGCACCGUUUGCUGAUGCCAUGCAUGGUAACUAG